AUGAAGUGGUUGGUUCUCCAGCUGCUGACACUCUACUGCCUGGUGAUCAUGCCAGUGACAGGAAAGUUGAAAGAGACAGUUGAGGUUAGAAAGAAGCCUCCAAUUUAUGGUAGAUGUGUGAUAUCCCCCAACGUGUAUGAUUGCAAGAACACGUGCCAGUUUCACUCGGAUUGUAUUUUUGGCUAUGAAUGCUGCUAUUCCUCCUGUGGAAAAAUCUGCAUGAGAAUGCAAGAAAUUGUGGUCAGAACUAAGAAAAUUGUCCCCAGCAGCAGCAGCACGGUGGUGUCUACUGUUGUUCCCUUAAUCACCAGUGAGAUGCCGACUACACUUGAAGGACAAGACAUUAAUUCUACCUGA